AUGAAACAAUUCGGUGUUGCCGCAUUUGACACAUUAGAGAAGGAGAAAUACGAAGGUAUCGGUACAGACCUAUUAAAACGACAGUCUCUUGAACUCCAAGAGCAACUCAAAAUAUUCCAAGAAAGACUCACUGUAUUUGCUGAUAAACAUAAUGAUGAGCUGAAGGAGAACCCCGAAUUUAGAGAAAAGUUCAUGCAUAUGUGUUCGUCAAUCGGGAUCGAUCCCCUUUCAUUAUUCAAUAAGGAUAAGCAUUUGUUUAACGUUAACGAUUUCUACUAUGAACUAUGUGUCAAGGUAAUAGAAGUAUGCAGACAAACUAAAGAUAUCAAUGGAGGUGUUAUAUCAUUUGAUGAAUUAGCAAAAGGUUAUUUUAAAGAUAUGGCGAUUGAAACAGCAGAUUUAGAAAAGGCCAUUGACAUGCUAUCCGCUUUAGACGGUGGCUUUGAAAUCUUCCGAAUAAGAGGGAAAAAGUUUCUAAGAAGUGUUCCAAAUGAGUUGACGAGUGAUCAGACUCAAAUUUUAGAGAUAUGUUCUAUAUUAGGUUACGCUAGUGUAUCCCUUUUAAAAGCAAAUCUAGAAUGGAGAAAUGUGAGGAGCCGAGCUGUUUUAGAUGAAAUGGUAGCUAACGGUCUGCUCUGGGUAGAUAAUCAGGCAGGUCCAGAAAUACAUUACUGGGAUCCUUCAUGGAUAACAACAGGACUUGAGAACAAUGAAUGA